AUGAAAACAAUCACUUUUAAUCCCAAGGGAUUCUUUCAGAUAACAAUGCAACAGUUGUCCCCGCAAACGCAAAUAAUAUCGACCGUAAGGGAAAGGCGAAAAUUCGAGGCUUUCUUUUUUUACCUAGGUAUAAUGACGCUCUUAUUAAAAAGUGUGUGGCGUAACGUAUUGAAAAGCACUCAACGUAAUAAUCGUUCAUUGAGGUCUUCAAGUUUUUCAAAUGUUACAGCAUCAGAUGUAGCUCGUGUAAAGCCUCUUGAUAACAUUAUGAUGACCAUCCGAACAGCUCCAAGUACAGCUGAUGUGCUAGCAACUGUUCAGGCAAACCUACCUCUUUUGACAUAUAAACAUAUGCUUCAAGCAUUUCGCAGUUUAUUUGAAUUACAGAAGGCUAGUAAAUAUAAAGACAAUGAAGCAAUUAUAAAAGAUCCAACAUUCAGUAUCCUCUGUCAAAACUUUAAAAAACAUGCACGUGUUUUAGACGUAAAUGAAACUAUUGAAGCUCUUAAAGUUCUUUCCUUUCUUAAAGUGCCGGUCGACUCUGUAAUAUUUCAAACAAUGCUCCAAUUGAUACGAAGCAAUAUAAAUUUACUGAACACUCCUCAGAUAAUGUUUUUAGACUUCAUUCUUACACAGUGUAAUGGCAAAAAUCAUUUAGUGGAUGCUUUAAAAUUGGCACUUCCCUUGGCAUUCCAAAUACAUUUACCCUUAGAACUAGACAACCAAGACCCCCAACUUCUACGAGACAUGCUAUUAUACAGCUGCUCUCACGACCUUCCUGAUCGCUGCACAAAUAACGUGGUUACAGGUCUCUUACUAAAUGACCAAAAAAUCAACGCACAAAUGGCAAAAUCCAUUAUUUGGGCUUUAUGCCAAAUCGAUUGUACUGAAAAUGUCUUCCCAACACGAACUCAACUUUUGCAUAUAUGCUGCGAUAUUUUAGUCCAUUCAAUAGAUGAUUUGCCAUUUGAUGACGUAUUGAGGACGGCAGCCAAGUUAAAGGGGAGGGUCCUGGAGAAGUAUCCAGAGUACUACCACAUGGAACUCAUGGACGCGAUUGGAGAUUAUGUGGUCACUCAUGAUAUAGAAUUUGAAAAAGGAUUGCUAGUUGCACGAGUUUUGUCCAGAAUUACACACACUCAUCUCAGUUUAAUCGAAUACCUCUGCAAUAAGGCGUUAUCAGAUCCAGAAAUUUUGAACAAUGCUCGUGCAAACAUACUAUUUAGUUUCAUCAACUGUCUUUCGAACAACAACUUCACCUUGGAUUCUGAUCAGUGGACCGAAAUUAAGAAACAAAUCUCGUCUAAUCCAAUCUUAGGAUGUACUAAUGCAGCUUUACCGUGGACUAAAACAUGUCUUGAACUAGCUUCACUAGGAGUUUAUGAAGACAAGAUUCUGAGUCGAAUAUUUUCUAAGAGCUUCCUAGAUGAAUAUCUCGCAAGAGAGAACAAUACACUGGAUUACCUCCAACUCCUAACUCUUCAUGCGGCAGUAAUCACAUUUCAUAAUGCAGAUUAUAAAUUGCCAGAUGAUAUCUUGGAGAAAGCCAAGGGGAUGUAUCCGAUUCAUGCAUUAACUGGUGUUUUGGUAGAACACUUGGAAUUGGGGCUGGGAGGUCCGGGGCACAUUGUCAGAAACGUGGUACUACCUUGUGGUAUUAUAGCAGAUACAGUUAUAUGUGUAAAGGGAGGGUAUCCGGUGAAGUUGCCGCCAGUGGAUAGUGAAUCAAAGGUCCCGAUCGAACAACUAAACGUGCCAAAUGGCGCAAUAGUAGUAUGCAUAAUAAAUUUUAACCAAGGUUGUUUUUCAAUGAACAGUAACCGACUACGUGGUUUGUUCCGUCUUAUUCUAGAUAUAUUAGAGAAACAAGGAUAUGCUACUGUCGCGUUAAAUAUAAACGAAUGGAUGGGAACACCUGGACAUGAAAGAACUCCAUACCUCAUGAGGGAAAUUGGCUACAAAUGUGGGGAAAUUGGCCUUAAAUUAUCUACUACU